GAGACACCUGCGAAGAAGAUAAUAAAUAGACACGCGAAAAGCCUCAGCGGCUUUCCAGAUCAAGACGUACACGAUCCACACGCAUCAGCAGCCAUGAAGUUCGCGUGCUUCGGAGGGGCAGCGGCCGUGGCCGACGAGACGGUGGCAGCUGCUGCCCAUCACCGACGCACGGGGAAGAAGUUCCUCUUCGGCAGCAAGGGCGACAAGCACUCACCGUCCAAGGCUUCUUCACCCGACUCCAAGACUAAGAGGAGGAUCACGUCGCGGGGCCGCCGCCGGGAGAUGACGGACUUCGACAUCUACAUGGCCGCCGCGAGAAAGCUUUCCUCCUCCGCGCCGUCCACAUCGUCGGCGCUCAGCACUGCGGCGUCGCUGGACUCCGCCUGCUCGUCCUCCUCAUCAUCCUCGUCCUGCUCCCGCUCAUCGUCCUCGUCCUCGCUGUCGUCGCUGGUGGACGCGACGCCUCCUCAGCAGGCCAGGAGGCGGCCGCAGCAGCAGGGCGAGCGGAAGCGGUCGCCCGCGCUGGGCCCGGCGGCGGUGCUCGUGUGCCUCGUCAUGAUGGUCUUCGGCGGCCGGCUCGUGGCCACGCUGCUCACCGCGGCGGUGCUCGCCUUCUUCCCGCGCCAGUGCCCUGCCCACAUGCUGCACACGGCGUCGUCGCUGGAGCCUGCCGCGGCGUCGAGGAGAGAGGCGAUGUCGAUCGACGCGAGGGCGGUUACGGGUCGGCUCCGGCUCACGAACCGAAAUGAUACUACUCCGUAGUAAUAUGUUCGUUUAUAAUUACCCCUUGUAAAGAAACCAAGACUUCUUUUUGUCCGAAAGUUUGUAAAGAAACCAAGACUUCUUUUUGUCCGUAGAUUAGAACUUGAACCAAAAAUAUGUUUGCAGGAUCACCUACAUACUUCAAAAUGCACUCAAUUUGUAGUUGAUGUUGCAGAUGGUAGAGUGUGAGAGGGACGCGUAAGAGCAUCUCCAACACACGCCUGAAACAGCGGCCACGUUUAAACGAGUUUACCACAUAUGUUUUGCUAGUUUUACGUGUCUAUAUAACGAAAUAUUUAUUUAGUGGGAGGCGACGUUUCCGUCGAAAGCAAGACGUUUAUGGUGACUUCGUCAAUUUUAAGAUCC